AUGCCGGCGGACGUGGAGCUGCUCUCCGAAACGAACCUUGUUUUCCUUCUUUUUUUCCCUCCGACUCCUCCACCCCGCGGCUUCUCACAGACUAAAGUGGAAGAGAUCGUGCAGGAGGUCUUCAACGCCUACAAGACGAACCAUCACACUCCCCAGUUUGUCCUGCAGCGGGAGAAGCACUUCCACUACCUGAAGCGAGGCCUCCGGCAGCUCACGGAGGCCUACGAGUGCUUGGACGCCAGCCGGCCUUGGCUCUGCUACUGGAUCCUGCACAGCUUGGAGCUGCUGGAGGAGCCCAUCCCCGAGUCGGUCACCUCCGA